UGGGCAAGAACACCCCUUAACAGAGGAGCGCUUGAUAUGUUUUCGGCGUUGCCUCGCGGAUACAUCGAGUCCUCUCGUUGCGUGUAACGCGCCUUAGCCCCGCCCGCCCGUGCUGCCGUGAUAACUAUAUGUUGCCCACCAGGAGAAUGUGGAAAACGCUCCAUGCUGAAAACGUGCAAUCGGAGGAGUUCCGCAGUGAACGUGGCUGCAGAUCCAGGGAGAGGAGUUUGCAUUCCACUGCCAAAAUAUGGAGGUGAAAAUGGAGGUGAAAAUGCAAGAGGACGAAGAUGUCUCAUUCAGCAACACAGACACAAAUGGUAAACGGCCGGCGGAGGACAUGGAGGAAGAGCACGUCCUCAAACGUUCUCGCAACGCAGACGAGAUGGUGGAGCUGCGCGUGCUGCUGCAGAGCAAAAAUGCUGGUGCUGUCAUCGGAAAGGGUGGCAAGAACAUAAAAGCCCUGCGCACCGACUUCAAUGCCAGUGUUUCAGUCCCAGACAGCAGUGGCCCAGAGCGGAUCCUGAGUGUGAAUGCCAGCAUCGACACCAUCGGAGACAUUCUGCUGAAGAUCAUACCGACUCUGGAGGAGUACCAGCAUUACAGCGGGAUAGAUUUUGACUCGGAGCUUCGCCUGCUGAUCCACCAGAGCCUGGCGGGCGGGAUCAUCGGGGUGAAAGGAGCCAAGAUUAAGGAGCUGAGAGAGAACACCCAGACCACCAUCAAGCUGUUCCAGGAGUGCUGUCCUCACUCCACCGACAGAGUCGUGUUGGUCGGAGGAAAACCAGAGCGCGUCGUCGAGUGUAUAAAAGUGAUCCUGGAGCUGGUGGCCGAGGCGCCGAUCAAAGGGCGAGCGCAGCCCUACGACCCGAACUUCUACAACGAGACGUACGACUACGGCGGCUUCACCGUGGUGUUCGAGGAGAGAGGCAGGCGACCCAUGGGGGGGGGUUUCCCCAUGCGGGUGCGGGGGGGCUUCGAUCACAUGCCUCCCCCUGUCCGAGGCAGCAGACCGAUGCCCCCCCCUUCCAGACGGGACUACGACGACAUCAGCCCACGCCGGGGUCCUCCGCCCCCGCUGAGCAGAGGAGGACGAGGGGGGAGCCGAGCGAGAAAUCUGCCUCUUCCUCCGCCACCGCUGCCAAGAGGAGGGGGGGACAGAUUCUCACACGGCAGUUAUCACGGCGGCAUGGACGACAGACAGAGUGACAGAAGAGGCCGAGGAGGAGACCGUUACGACAGCAUGGGUGGAGGAGGAUAUGACAACAACUCUUCCUGGGAGCACUUCCAGUCCGGCGGCAGAGGCUCGUACAGCGACAUCGGAGGCCCGGUCAUCACAACGCAAGUCACCAUCCCAAAAGAUCUGGCGGGCUCCAUCAUCGGGAAGGGGGGCCAGAGGAUCAAACAGAUCCGCCACGAGUCCGGGGCCUCCAUCAAGAUUGAUGAGCCACUAGAGGGCUCUGAGGACCGAAUCAUCACCAUCACCGGCACGCAGGACCAGAUCCAGAACGCCCAGUACCUGCUGCAGAACAGUGUGAGGCAGUACUCCGGUCGCUUCUUCUAGGAAGAGCCGAGCGAUGACGAAGAGGAGUGAAGCCAUGCCGCCAUACUGUUUCCUCCUCUUCCUCCUCAGAGCCGACAUUCCCCUGCUUCUCCCCUUUUUACUUACUUUCAUUUAGAAGGAAAAUAUCAAACCGGUCAAACGACGCGUCUCUUUCAGUUUUAUUUUAAGGAGAUUCUCGUGGAGUGAACUCAUCCGUGUUCCUGCUUUAUUUCAGUACAGCAUGCAGAAUGUAGUCCCUCUGUAAAGACCUUUAGUUUCUUCCCCCUCCUUAAAAACUUAAGCACACUUUCAGAUGAAGCUGCAUGCUAUCAGAAUGGUGAAGCACCAUUCAAAUCUACUUUACUUUUUACUCAAUUUCAGCAUACUUUUAAAGUGCUUUUUUUGUAACAUGGGCUUUACUGAAGUAGUUUCCUACUUGCAGGGGUUUGAUUGGCUCUAAUGUGUGUGUGAAAAGACAUCCUACUCAAAGAAGCCCUCUUUUGAUUUUGGGGUUUCCACAAAUAAAUGUCCUACUUUUGCUUUAAGUUGGGAUAAAUGUGCCAGUGUGAUUCAGCUGUAUAAAGUGUGUGUAUAUAUUUACAUGGAAACAACAGAGUGCUUACGUUAAACAGGCUCUACUUUCUUGGAAGGAGGUCAUCUUUUUUUAAUGUCUUUGCUGCCUCUCAUGACCGGCUGUGAUUCAACCUUAAUAUCUGGUCUGUGAUCCAAGUGUGUUUCAGAUACAGAGUGGUGUUUGUCCUUUCAUCUGAUGUCACCUCCUGCAGGAGUUUAGUAAAUAAAGUCUGUCACAGUUCU